AUUUAACUUAAAUUACCAAGAGGAUGACCACGCUGUGCCGCACCUGUGGUCAGGAGGCGGAGGACGCCAAGGCACUCUUCGACAAAGAGGGCAGCGACGUCCUGAACAACAUUCUCAAACUGACGGGCCUUUGGCUGAGAAACCAGUCGGGUGUGCCCACGAGGAUCUGCUUAUCCUGCUUGCUGGACCUGAAUGAUGCCAUCGCCUUCCGGGAGCUCUGCAUCAAAACCAACUCCUCUUGGUUCGAAAAUCAGAACAAACAAGAUGAUUCGGGCUCAGAGCAAAAAACUACCAGGGAAGACAGGAAUAAUAGAGCAAAAAGUGGUGUGGAUGUUGUGCCUGUUAAUAUCGUGCCGAUCAACAUCGUCCCUCUUGCACAGCCACAAAAUAUCCUUGUGCAGGGGAGGAUCCCACCACAACGCAGCAAGAUAGUGGAUGAAAUUCUCCUUAGGACACUAGAAACUCCUAUUUAUCCCUUGAUCGUCCCCGAAAUUCCUCCUACCGAUCUCGUCGAUCCUCUUCGAUGCGAGGAUCCUAUCCUGGUGAAGAGCGAGCUCCUGUUUUCAGAUGUGAAACCUGAGGAGUCCAUAAAUCAGGAAGAGGCUAAGUCCGAAUUUUUACAAGUAAUGAAGGAAGACCCCAGAAUACCACAAGUCACCGAGGAGGUACGGAAAAAGCGAAGAAAGACAAGAAGGAAAGACUCCUUAGAGGAGUGCCCCGGCAAUACUAACUCCAUUACCCCUGCCACUGCUGAAGAAUUUUCCCCCACCAGAAGAAAUAAGAGCAAAGAGGACAAAAAUGCCACUCGAAAUAAAUGGGGGGCUGCCAAAAGAGCGUAUGCCCUGGAGCACAGACUAUAUUUCUGCGACCAAUGCGGCAAAACUUUUAGCGAGAAGGGCAACUUCAAUGUCCACCUCAGACGGCACAAAGGUACCAAGGAGUUCCAGUGCAAGGAAUGCGACCGCAAGGAGUUCACCCAACACCUGCUCAAUUUGCACGUGCGGAUCAAGCAUCGCGGCGAAUUGCCCUACGUGUGCAAGUACUGCGGCAAGCGAUUUGACAACUGCCUCAAGCGGCUCAACCACGAGCGGAACCACAAAGAGAGCCCCAUCCAUCGACCACACGUGUGCUCCACUUGCCAAAAGGCCUUUAAGACUUCGACGGCCCUCAAGGACCACAGCGUGGUGCACACGGGGGAGCAGCCAUUCCACUGCGAGCUCUGCCAGACGUCCUUCAAUAGGAGGAACGCCCUGGCCACCCACUACAAGUCAAAGCACCACCGCAUGAAAGUCGAGGAGCAGUCAGAGAACCCAGGUGGAGAUAUUACUGUCCAACCCAAAGGGUGAAUCGUUCGUUUCUUGUAAGGUUUGUUGAUAUGACAAAUGUCCCUCUGGAACUUAAAAAAAAAUAAAACAAGAGAGAACGCUAUAGUCGAA